GAGGUAGAAAGAAAAGGAUGAGAUCAUCGCAGUCUCCCAGCUAAUGAGUGAUGGGACUGCGCUUGGCUGAGGUGGGGGUUUGGGGGGGGUGGAGGGUAGAGGGGUGUGUGUGCGUGCGCAAGCGUGUGCGUGGAAUCGAUAGCGUCUGCAGACAGUGACCCUGCUCUCGCAUCACGGCCCGACCGCUGCCGAAGGAGCCCGGCUAUCCCCCGCCGCGGUACGGAUCGCCGGUCCAGCUGGGUCGCAGCCCUCUGCUCUGCUGCGCCGGUGCCGGCCCUUCCCCCCACGGCUUCGCCUCGGCGCUGCUUCGGAGGCAGGAGCCGUGGGACGCCCCCGAUUCACAUCCCAUUUACAUUACUAGCUCUCGCUUCUGCGGCCGCCGGGAAGCCUUCGCCUCCACGCGUUUGCGCCGAAACCGCGAACCCGUCCGGACGCAGACCCGGCACGAUGUUAGGCUUGGACGUGUGCGAGCUGGGCGGCCAGCUUCUCGAGCUGCUCUGGUUGACAGUGUGCUACCGAGACAUCAUGGCUGACAAAGAGGCUCAGAAGCACGUGGGGGCUGAAGAAGAUGAUGAUGAGACCGACCUGAACUACCAGCCACCAGCGCAGAAGUCCCUGCAGGAGAUACAAGACCUGGACAAGGAUGAUGAGAGCCUGAACAAGUACAAGCAGGCCCUUCUGGGCUGUGCACCUGUGGUCAACGAUCCCACCAUCCCCAACGUGCAGGUCACGCGGCUGACCCUUAUAUGUGACGCGGCACCUGGACCAAUCACCAUGGACCUCACAGAAAGCCUUGAGGCUCUCAAGAAGAAAGUCUUUGUCCUGAAGGAAGGGGUGGACUACCGGGUAAAGAUACACUUCAAGGUCAACCGGGACAUUGUGUCUGGACUGAAGUAUGUGCAUCAGACUUAUAGGAAAGGCCUAAAAGUGGACAAGGCCGUGUACAUGGUGGGCAGCUACGGGCCACGGGCGGAGGAGCACGAGUUCCUGACUCCUGUGGAGGAGGCUCCCAAAGGCAUGAUAGCACGAGCCACCUAUGUCAUCAAGUCCCUCUUUACAGACGAUGACAAGACUAAGCACCUGUACUGGGAGUGGAACCUGCAGAUCAAGAAGGACUGGGACUCCACGGAGUAGGGGGAGGCAGGGAUCCACGCGGCCCACCCGCGAGGUCGCAUGCGUGUGAAAGCUGUCCAGACAGGCAGUCAGGCUACUGUUGACUCUGGGAGGAAGGCAGGAUACAGCUUAUACAGGAAUAAAAAUCACAAACAGCGGAGCACUUACCUGACUUACCUUCAGGUGGGAGCGGGGUGGGGGGAGCUGAAACAAAUCCAGCAGAGAGAACAGAAAUUAGAUUUUGCUAAAGGACUUUCUUGCACGUACGUCCUCAGGUCGGUUCGUGUUUUCAAUCCUUGCUGUAACUCUUACUAUACAAACAUGUUUAGUGUGUAUUUUCUCACUGCUGCGUAAGUCCAUUUCCAGGCAUGCUUGAAUGUAGGCAGACCAAGUGGCCAAUGUUCUUGUAUAUAUUCACUGUAUGAAUAUGAAUUUGUGAAAUCUCUGUUUGGCAUAGGUGAGGAUCAGGCCCCUGCUCACAAUGCAAUGUAUAAGUGAAAGUAAGUGUGUACAAAUACACCCCCUUUUGUUUCCAUGGUGUCCCCAAGUGUCAUAAACUGCUGAACCAGAAGGUUCUAGAAAUGACACAUCCCUUGUCUGAUUUUCUGUUUCUGCAGCUUUCAUCCACAUGCUUUUUUGCCUGUGAGAUUUAAUCUGUAAUUUGAGUAAUGGAUUGCCGUUUUCAGAAAAUAAAAAUCAUUUAAAAAAAGUCAUAUGAAGAGAAGUGAUAUGUAAGAAAUAAAAUGCACCACAACCAAUCUACUUUGUCUUUGAAUGUCUAUGUCGACAUUGUUUAUGCGCACCGUUGAAGGUUUAAUUUGCUUGAUCUCUGCUAAUUGACUGACAGAUUGCAAGGAUUUUUAAACGAGCUGUUUUCGGAAAAAAAAUGGUUAAUAAUCAGUUAUAACUAUGACAGGCUGCAUUUUGGAUGGCAUUUGGUGUUACAUGUCAGAUUUUGCAAACAUGGUCAACAGGUAUCAGAGUGGUCAGUAAUGUGUUUUGUUUGAGACAAAUAAAAGAAUGCUAUUAAGAAAUGUACUGUAUUGUAUGCAUGUCAUAUUUUAUGUUAUAUUAGCAAGCUCUGCACUCUUUCUAGUGACAUCAAUAGGACACAACUUCAACUUAUUUCCUUUGGAUGUGGCUGCACAAAACUGCAUAAGGUCAAAAAAAUAUUUUUUUUAAGUACUGGAUAUGUUUUGAGGGUCCCAUUCAGAUAACUGUAGUGUACUGGUGUUCCAUAAUUGUUUGGAAAGUAUAACAAAAGAAAAAGGUGUGUUGUAGCAAUUUUACAGGAAUUCCUUUUCUGAGAUAUAUUUUGAAAAGCUCGUUAUUGUUGAUGUCGAUAUACAUCCAAAUUCCAUUUUAUUAAACCAUUCCAUUAGUCCUGGUGAUGUUGUGUAGUGUGUUGCAUGAACCGUGACGACUUCCUUCCAAAAUUUUUUCUACCGUAAUUAUGGGUGAAAUAUUUAAAAACAGCACAAGGAGACUGUGAUUCCUCAGUCCUGUCAAGUGUUUAUUUUUAUGUAGCAUAUUAUAAAUAUGCUUUCUCUUGUGCUGGAAUAUGUUCUGCACAGAUACUGUGGUAAAUAAAUACUGUGUCCUUGAACUUUAGUGUGAAACUUUUCCAAGCAUCUUGUAUCUUUUAAUAAAGCUUCAAUUAAACAA